UUACAGUUAGCAGUUAGCAGUUGCUCAGUGCCUCUCAGCUGGCUCAGUGUUUUUUUCGUCUUCGAGCUGUGCGUGUGAACUGUGAUAUUGCGAUAUUCGGCUAUCGCAAUUGGAAACUGGACUUUUGGUCGAAUUCAUUAUAAACGAAAGUGCGCUCGUUGAAUCAUUAAACAGCAUUUGAGCAGGCGAGUUACAACUGAAUUACCGGUUUUUGAAGCCAAUCGAGUUUUGGAGGGAACGUAAGCAGUCGCCAAGAUGGGGGACAUGUUCCGUAGUGAGGAGAUGGCACUCUGCCAGAUGUUCAUUCAGCCGGAGGCCGCGUACACCUCCGUAUCUGAGCUGGGCGAAACCGGCUGCGUGCAGUUCCGCGACUUGAAUGUGAACGUGAACGCCUUCCAGCGGAAGUUCGUCACCGAGGUGCGUCGCUGCGAUGAGCUGGAGCGCAAGAUCCGUUACAUCGAGACGGAGAUCAAGAAGGACGGCAUUGUGCUACCCGACAUCCAGGAUGACAUUCCGCGUGCCCCCAAUCCACGCGAGAUCAUCGAUCUGGAGGCGCACCUGGAGAAGACGGAGUCGGAGAUGAUCGAGCUGGCCCAGAACGAGGUGAACAUGAAGUCCAACUAUCUGGAGCUCACCGAGCUGCGCAAGGUGCUGGAGAACACGCAGGGCUUCUUCUCCGACCAGGAGGUCCUCAAUCUGGACUCCUCCAACCGAACUGGAGGAGACAUCGAUGCUGCUGCACAACACCGUGGCCGGCUUGGAUUCGUUGCCGGUGUAAUCAACCGGGAGCGAGUGUUCGCCUUUGAGCGUAUGCUGUGGCGCAUCUCUAGGGGCAAUGUCUUCCUCAAGCGCUCCGAUCUGGACGAGCCGCUGAACGAUCCGGCCACCGGUCAUCCCAUCUACAAGACCGUCUUUGUGGCCUUCUUCCAGGGCGAGCAACUGAAGAACCGUAUCAAGAAGGUGUGCACUGGCUUCCACGCCUCCCUGUAUCCCUGUCCUAGUUCGCACAACGAGCGCGAGGAAAUGGUUCGCAACGUGCGCACACGUCUGGAGGAUCUGAAGCUGGUCCUUAGCCAGACGGAGGAUCAUCGCAGCCGCGUCCUGGCCACCGUGUCCAAGAAUCUGCCCUCGUGGUCGAUCAUGGUCAAGAAGAUGAAGGCUAUCUACCACACGCUGAAUCUGUUCAACAUGGACGUAACCAAGAAGUGCCUGAUUGGAGAGUGCUGGGUGCCCACCAAGGAUUUGCCCGUUGUCCAGAAGGCUCUGUCCGAUGGAUCUGCUGCUGUGGGCAGCACCAUACCCUCGUUCCUAAACGUGAUCGACACCAACGAGCAGCCGCCGACCUUUAACAGGACCAACAAGUUCACCAGGGGCUUCCAGAAUCUAAUUGAUGCCUACGGAGUGGCUUCGUACAGAGAGUGCAAUCCCGCCCUGUACACCUGCAUCACCUUCCCCUUCCUGUUCGCCGUGAUGUUCGGCGAUUUGGGCCACGGCCUUAUUCUGGUUUUGUUUGGAGCCUGGAUGGUUCUGUGCGAGCGCAAGUUGGCACGCAUCCGCAACGGUGGUGAGAUCUGGAAUAUCUUCUUCGGCGGUCGCUACAUCAUUCUGCUGAUGGGUCUGUUUGCCAUGUACACUGGGUUUGUCUACAACGAUGUCUUCUCCAAGUCGAUGAACCUAUUUGGAUCACGUUGGUUCAAUAACUACAACACAUCGACUGUGCUUAGCAACCCGAACCUGCAGUUGAGGCCCAAAAACUCCGCCAUGGGUGUCUAUCCCUUCGGAAUGGAUCCCGUGUGGCAGCUGGCUGAUAACAAGAUCAUCUUCCUCAACAGUUUUAAGAUGAAGCUCUCGAUCAUCUUCGGAGUGCUACAUAUGGUCUUCGGCGUGUGUAUGUCGGUUGUUAACUUCACCCACUUCAAGCGUUACGCCUCCAUUAUCCUGGAGUUCGUGCCCCAGAUCCUGUUCCUGCUUUUGCUCUUCGGCUACAUGGUGUUCAUGAUGUUCUUCAAGUGGGUCAGCUAUACUGAUUAUACUGACAUCCAGUCACAAACUCCUGGAUGCGCUCCCUCCGUGCUCAUCAUGUUCAUCAACAUGAUGCUGUUUAAGCACACUGAACCGCAAAAAGGAUGCAAAGAGUAUAUGUUUGAGUCACAGCCGCAGUGGCAGAGGAUCUUCGUAUUCAUCGCUUUGUGCUGCAUUCCUUGGAUGCUUCUGGGCAAGCCCCUGUACAUCAAGUUCACUCGCAAAAACAAGGCUCAUGCCAACCACAAUGGUCAGUUGACCGGCAACAUGGAACUGGCCGAAGGCGAGACUCCUCUGCCCACUGGCUUCUCUGGAAACGAGGAGAAUGCCGGAGGUGCCCAUGGCCAUGACGAUGAGCCCAUGAGCGAAAUCUACAUCCAUCAAGCCAUCCACACCAUCGAAUACGUGCUCAGUACCAUUUCGCAUACGGCGUCCUAUCUGCGUCUCUGGGCUCUGUCCCUGGCCCACGCCCAGCUGUCCGAGGUGCUGUGGCAAAUGGUGUUGUCCCUGGGGCUUAAGAUGUCCGGCGUGAGCGGUGCCAUUGCUCUGUUCAUCAUUUUCGGCGCCUGGUGCUUGUUCACCCUGGCUAUCCUGGUUCUCAUGGAGGGACUGUCCGCCUUCCUGCACACCCUGCGUCUGCACUGGGUGGAGUUCAUGAGCAAGUUCUACGAGGGAAUGGGCUACGCCUUCCAGCCGUUCAGCUUCAAGGCCAUCCUCGAUGGCGAGGAGGAGGAGUAAACCAUCCAAAUGUGCUCAAACUAGGGAAACACGUGUACAAUUAUACACCCCGCCCGAACUAUUUUGAUUGUUUGUUAAAUGUUUUUGUUUUGUUUAAUUUUUUGGAUAUUGUCAGUAUUGUGGUGCUCUUCCCACAUUUUUGCAUCCUCCGUUGUGUAUUCCAUAUGUAGUAAAAGUAUUCCUCUUUUGAGUUGUGCCUAGUAUUCUCAAAUACCGUUUCGAAAGCAAUAAUUUGAUAUUCAUUGUUAUAAAUAACUACUAAUUCUAAUAAAUAUACAGCAAAGAAGAGAACGAA